AUGGGUAUUAUUGAGAAGAUCAUCCGCAACGAUGCGGUCAAGCAGGACCCGAAAGAGAUCUACAACUUCAGGGUGUUCCUACUAUGCGCCAGCGCUUGCUUCGGAGGCAUGUUGUUCGGUAUGGACACUGGCAUCAUCGGUGGUGUCUUGAAGCUUGACCCUUUCAGAGCCAAGUAUGGUCUUCCCAAAGCCAAGGAGAACCCGACGCUCUCAGCGAACCUCGAAGCCAACAUCGUGUCCACGCUUCAGGCUGGUUGCUUCUUGGGUGCCCUGGUCGCCUCCUACCUCGCUGAUAAGCUCGGGCGUCGAGUCGGUUUGAUGAUCGCUGCUUGCUUUGCGACAGUUGGUGCAGCCAUGCAGGCUGGUGCCACGGGACAUUUCGCAGUAAUGUACAUCGGCAGAUUCGUCGCUGGUGUCGGUGUCGGAUGCGCUUCUAUGAUCACACCUCUCUACACGUCCGAGAACGCGCCUCGUGCCAUCCGAGGUGCUCUCACUGGAAUGUAUCAGUUCUUCAUCGUUACUGGAGUGUGCAUUGCCUUCUGGAUCAACUACGGCAUGCUGCUACACAGCUCUGGUACCGUUCAAUACGUCGUACCACUGGCUCUGCAAGGACUUCCCGCAAUCAUCCUGUUCUUCGGCAUGUUCUUCUCGUCAGAGACUCCUCGAUGGUUGGCACGACAAGACCGCUGGGAAGAAUCUACCGCUGUUCUAUCUCGCCUGCGAAACCUUCCAACUACCCACGACUACGUGCAGACCGAGAUUAAGGAGAUGUUUGACCAGCUUGAGUACGAACGACGACUCGUAGGCGGUUCGUCAGCCAAGGACCUUCUAAAGGAGAUGUGGACUAUCCCCGGCAACCGCAAGCGUGCUCUCAUCACUAUCGGCCUUAUGAUAUGCCAACAGAUGACCGGCACAAACGCAAUCAACUACUACGCCCCUCAAAUCUUCACGAACCUCGGAUUGACUGGAAAUGCGCCAUCGCUCUUUGCAACUGGAAUCUACGGCGUUUUGAAGAUGGUCGGAUGUGCUCUCUUCCUGGCUCUCGCGGCUGACUCUCUCGGUCGCCGCAAGAGUCUGCUGUGGACCUCGAUCGCUCAGGCACUGUGCAUGCUCUAUAUCGGCAUCUACAUUCGUAUCUCACCCCCGCAGGAGGGCGUGGCGAUUCCGCCAGCGGGCUAUGUGGCUGUAGUUUGCAUCUACCUCUUUGCUGUGUUCUUCCAAUUCGGAUGGGGACCUGUAUGCUGGAUCUAUGUCUCUGAGAUCCCCACCGCCAGGCUGCGAGCCAUGAACGUCGCUCUCGGUGCCGCUACACAAUGGUUAUUUAACUUCGUGGUCGCUCGAGCCACGCCAAACAUGAUUGCCACUGUUGGACGAGGUGGAUAUGGGGCUUAUCUCAUUUACAGUUCGUUUUGUUUUUGCAUGUUCGUUUUCACAUGGUUCCUGAUUCCCGAGACCAAGGGUAUCUCGCUCGAGAGAAUGGAUGAACUUUUCGGUGCUGUGCCACAAAGCGGAAAGGAAAUGGACUUGGAGCGCAGCUCGGCGGAGCGAGGAAGGUCGAUUGGAUCUGACAAGGGUGGUGAGAUCACCGUUAGUCAGGUUGAGAAGAGUUAG